AAGAGGGCCGCAGAAUGGGCAAGCGCCCGCUGAAGAUGGGUUAUUACACAGUCGGCUUGUAUUUAUCUGGGUAGGUCUCCCUCGAUGUUAGUCCAGAUGCCCGUCACGUCCGCAAAGACUGCUGCUUUCCCCUCUUCCGAAGACAGGCCGAGACGCGUCGCGUCUUCCCGUUCGCGCCCGGGCCUUACUCUAUGGAUAUUCAACUCCACGGCUGGCUUGAGGGAACUGUCCAAGAGCAAUUGCUGCUGGGAAACAGCUGGCUGCGGGAUAAGAACAGCCGGAAGGAGGCGGGGGUCAAGACGCAAUUUGACAAGACCUGGGACACCCUCUACCACGACAACGGCUCCUGUCUAGACAUAAUCAACUCCAUUCACCCCGAGCGCAACAGCGCCCUACAAAUCCUCCAGACGAACCCUCUCACGCUUACUGACGGCUACUUUCAAGUCGUCGCCCACCUUACCCCCGAUUGCGUUCGAACGCUUCCCCCAAGACUCCUAGAUGGGCUGCAUGCACUCUUGCACACGGUGAUAGCUGUUCGCAAGUACACGCUCCGACAUACCCUCUACGGGCCGCCACGAGACAAGGUUCGAUUCAUACUGCACGAGAUCGAUUAUCUGGGUGUGAAUAAGGGAAAGACGCGAACAGCGGACAGCGAGCCCUUGGGAUCUCUCCACGGGAGCGAGCCGAUCGGUGCAGUGCUAGAGCAGCUGCACCACACUCGGGCUCAGGAGGACCUUCGAUGCUUACGAUCCAGUACCGAACCAGCAGUCGACGAAGACGCAAUAGCAGGUGCCAUGGACGAAAGUGAGAGUGCACCACACACUCAGUUGCCACAAACUCAGUUCGCCUUUGCAACGCAGCUGCAACCUAUAAGAGCGAGAAACACGCAGCGACGCGAGAUACUGCCAAAUGCUGCCAAUGAAGAUGAAGAAACACGUAUGAAGCUACUACGUCUUAUUGGAAAUCCUGCUGCAAAGAGUACCGACAACCCCAGCCCGAACUCCGAUACUGGUCUCGUCCGCCCAACCUCCAACAAGCAGCGAAGCGUUGUCGGGCCAUCCACCGCUGCCACGCCUCCUAGAUCCUUGGUGUUAGCAGAUCAGCAGUCGACGCGGGCAGGAGCCGAAGAAGGAAAGGCGAAUACAGCGUCGCCUACACUGACUCGUGGCAAAAAUCGAGUGAGACACGCGCGGCCCGCCUCACCUGCGAUUGUGCAGCAGGUUGGAGAGCUUUCAGACAUGAGACAAUACGCUGAACAAGACAGCCGGGACGAUGCUGCUACGCCGGGGUUGGAGUGUGCUUGGAUGAAGGGUUUCAUAUUCGAUCGCGAAGCGUUGAGGGUACCCUUGACUCAACAAGUAGUUCUACAGAAACCUACCAGCUGGCAUAAACCACAGCCUGGAUGUCCAGGAGUUACCGCUGGAAAUAUCCCCAUCACUAUUCUUGAAACGUUGAGCAGGAUUGCAGACGAAAAGGCUACCGUUGAGGGUCUCUCCGACUCUGACAGUGAGGCAGACUUUGAUCCCUCGCCCGAGGAUGUCCCCGAAGAGGUCGAUGCAUCGCGAGGAGCAAUGCCCAACUUAACCCAGGACGAUGAGCCUACAACGAGCCAGGUCUCGUGGUCACCAUCGCCGAGCCCAGAGCCACCACAGAAGCCAGUAAAGGCCCACCAAGGGCUUCCUCCAGACUCCAGCUUCGAGAAUAAGGGUCUCAAUACCAACGAAGACGGCGAUCGACAACAAACGGUGCCCCGCCUACAAUCGCAGCGGCCUCUUACCAUUGAUCCCCCACACGAAAAUGAACCCAGCCCUCCAUCGUCAUCCCCUCCAAUUGUAGUGCAACCUGCCGACUCCGACGAAGAAAUGGAAAUGGAGACGUCGGUGCCGCAGGGCCUGGGUGAAGAUGCGCUGCAGGCAUCGCGUCCGCAAAACAUCGGCACCCACCAAGGCCCAGCGUUGCCGCCAAUCGUGCAGGUCAAAGAGACACCUUAUGCGAAAGGCAAGAACGGCCAGACGCUCAGAUUUGCCGAUUCACCACCAAAACAAAAACAGGACUCGAGUGGUAACUCCAAGCAGUCCUCAUCUGGGUCGAUUGUAUAUGCAACGUACAAAGACCCAAGUUCCUCUGCCUCCUUAGAAGGUGCAAAUAGCCGGAAUCUUGCUACAAGUGACAUGAGCAGCAGACCGCAGGAUGCGAGAGCAGCCGAAACACAGCGGAAGGCGCCGAUCGAGAAAGAGGCACCAAGUCAACCGGACCGGGUGGUCCCCCAGGACGUGCCUAUGCUCGAUGCACCAUCGAAUGUAGAGCCACCACCGAAAAUAAUGGAGAAAGCGACACUCCCCUCCCGACCAGCCCCUCCUGCUGUACUUGCUCAAGCUCCUACAACUAGUCGAAGUCCGCCCAGCCAUAGACAACCCCGUGCCGAAGCAAAUUUACAAAAGCAGCCUCUGCUUACUUCAGGAGUCACGAACCCAGGGCUUCCGAAGUCAGCACCCACGAAGCGCAAACUUGGCGAUUCGCCUACUAAGAGCAGCAAACGGAAUUCCAAGAGACGAGAAAUCAAGAUCGUGAGCUUCGGAGAUAGUGCCCCUUCUACCGUCAACCAUACAACUACAUCGCACGAAGAGCGAGCUGAGUCACUGCAGAAGUCUCGGGAAGAAAAACAUUCUAGCACGAGUUUCGAGUCUCGACCCGGGCCUGUUUGCGAGCAGCAAGAUGCCGAUGCGAUGGAGGUUGACUUACUUGGCGUGCAAACCAGUAACGCUUCUUCACCUGCUAUUUCUCCACGACAUAGAAGUCUCUACGAGGAUCCGAGUCCCACGAAACCGAGUUCCACAAAACCGUCCACGGAUAUAGCCACAUCUUGGCUUCCCCCAUCGACCAUCCCAUCAGAUGUACAGCCCGAAGUCGUUCCUGUCAGGAGUCGUGCGGCUUCUGUUGUGGAGAUGGGGGCGCAAGAGUCACCUGCUGCGAUCAACAAUGCAGAACCUCGGACAGUCUUCGAGGCAUUCAAGGCGGCAUACCCGGAGUACACGGGUGGCGCGAAGCCCUUCGAGAAGCUCUGCCGAUCAAUGUAUGAGCUCGACCUGCAAGAUAAGAUGGUGCCGAAGUGGCAAUGGGACGACUUCAUCAUGCGCAACAGGACAGAUUACAAGGACUACUUGGCUGAAUGUGCGGAUCAGAGUGAGGAUCCUGAGCCCUACCAUCGAUUUUACAAGGACGCUAUCCGCGAUACGCUAUUCAAGGCGGGCAUCAUCGAGAGCAGAGAGACUCUACUAAAAGCACUCGAGGAGCUUGGGGUACAAGCUCCGGCGCCUAGAUCGUCCAAGCAGUCUGCAAAGUCACCACCAAAGGACAAGCGUUCUCGAGCCUCGCUCCCAGGCACCUUCAAUCUACACAAGAAGCCUAUACAAGACCGCAUCAACGGCACAGCACGGAAUCGGCCAAGGCACUCGCUCCCAACAGGCUCUCACACCAACCGCCAGAGCCCAAGCCGAACGACGCCGGUCCAGAAGAUUCGCUCCCCUCCUCGAUCCACGUCCCAUCGUGAUGUCCCGAGCAACCGACCCAAGCCGAAAUCUAGCCCUCUGCAGCGCCUCACCUCCGACCAAGUACAGUCUCCUCGCGACACCACAGAAGACAGCGGCGACCCAUUCCGCGACUACUUCUUCGCGGUCCAACGGAGUACGUCUUGGACCGGGAGCACCAAAGUUGAUAAGAGCAAAGCCUGGCCGCAGAGUCUUGCAGUUAGGCCGUCAAUUGCGGAUGCGCCGAAGAAGAAGGUCGACGUACUGGGCUGGCGGGACAUGCUGUAG